CGCACGCUCAGCGUGCACUUGUCAUGCCCCAUCUGAGUACAGAGGCGAGGAGGGAGGUAGGAUUUGGUCUGUCAUCUAUAUUUAACUCGAGCUGAAGACGGCUCGAGCUGUGUAAAGGGCUCUCUCUCGUUCCUCUGUCUGUGGGCAGUUACUCUUACACUAUAAGAUUUCUCUCGGUGGUGGUUCUGCCGCUAGCCACGACAGACAGGAGUGACCGGGACAGGUGAAGUAGAGGCAAGCAGCUGCCUCAGGUCACAGACAUCAUGGAGGGUCUCUACUUUGAAGUGAAGCCAAGAAGGAGUGAAGCUCUUAGACCAGGGAGCUCUGACAAACCCCGUCAUAACCUAACUCCAAACCACCGCUCAUGUCCUUCACUUUCACGUCUGACCUCUGCCACGCAGUGUCUUCAGAAGCUCGGGAGGGAGAGGACUGCAUCAUGGGGGGCAAAGGUGGAGGGAGAGGAGGACGAAGUACGAUACAAACUGGCGAUGAUUGGUUUUCGGAAAGUCCACCAUCUGACCACCAUGGCAAUGCUACCCUGGGUGGUGGCUGAAAUCAGCAGGUCCCAGCCCAGUGAGAGGGAGCAAAGUGGUGGGGUGCAAGCUGGGGGGUCUGGAGGUAGACAGCUGGGUCCUACUUCACGCAGUCAGACAGUUUUUCUGUGUGUGUCAGCAUCAAGGGUACGAUGUGUGUCCACGCUGGGAGAGAGCCUUGUAUGGGACCCUCUGACACACACAGUUCUGUUUGAAUGUCUUCCUCACCAUGUGACCAAGCUAAUACACAACAGCCAGGAGCCCAGUAGUUUUGCCUGCCUGGUGAGAGGCACACCGACUUGUGCCUGCUAUGUCUUCCAGUGCCAGUACAGAACCAAGGUUCCUGAGAUCAUCAGUACAUUGAGACAGGCUGGCAAAAGCUCGGCACGCAACAAUGACAUCACCACCGUUUCCAACAAGGCUUCCACGGGUUCUGGAGGCAGUGAUUCCUCUGAAACGUGGAUUCCCUCUCUCUCUACUACAACCACCUCCAUGGCACCCGCCGCUGCUGUGUCUCCGACAGCGUUUUCCAAAAAGUUUGAAGUAUUAUACUGCGGCCGUGUUAGUGUUGCUCACAAGAAAGCCCCUCCUGCCCUAAUUGAUGAGUGCAUUGAGAAGUUCAGCCAGCUGCGCGGCUCAGGGACAGCAGAUAAAGGGGCAAAUGAUGGGGGAUUGGUGGGUGGGCUGAAGAGGGCAUUAACCUUCCAAUCCAAUGGACUGGGGAGUGGCGCUGUUAGUAACGGUGCAGCGGAGAGCCCAACCACUGGGAAACGCCCGGUUCUGUUCAAGCGAGACCCCAGCUUUCCCUGCCUACAGGCCCUGGAUGAGAAUGGUCUCUCACCAGAGAUUUCUAACAGCAACACUACCGAUCCUCGGACGCGGUCCGCUGAUGUGCAGCCCACCAGCCUGAAGGAGAAUAGGACCAUGUUGUUUAUGGUGGGCAGGUCUCAGAUCUUCUUGGUUAGUCCAGACACUAAGAAAGUUGCAAUAGAGAAGAGCUUCAGAGAAAUUUCUUUCUGCUCACAGGGUAUUCGUCAUGUGGAUCACUUCGGCUUUAUUUGCAGGGAGACCGUGGAAGGGGGAAACUGCCACUUCGUGUGUUAUGUCUUCCAGUGUACAGAUGAAUCACUGGUGGACGAGAUCAUGCUGACUUUGAAGCAAGCGUUCUCUGUGGCCGCCCUGCAGCAAAAUGCAAAGACUCAGAGCCAGCAGUGUGACAGCUGCCCAAUGCAGCAGCUCCACAGGCUUUGUGAGAGCAUAGAAGGUUUACACCCAUCUAAAACUAAACUGGAGCUUCAAAAACAUUUGGCCACUUUGGACAAUGAUGAUCAAGCUUCAGUCUUUGAAAACACUAUGAGGGCUCGUCCUAAGAGUGAUCAGGAAGAGAAUGAGUUGAUAAUGGCUUCUUUGAGGAGUCUAUAUGAAGAGAGACAGAAGACCCAUCAGCACACAGUGCAGAAGGAGAGCAAACAGAUGUGUGAGGAUGUCGCUCCACCUGUGGAGGCACAGCAGCAGAGUAGCAGCCGGCAGCGACUCGAGGAGUUCAAGAGCCGAGCCAAGCGCUCUCUCACUGAGUCCCUGGAGGGGAUCUGGAAGGGAAGCAGCAAGGCCAGAGCUCAAAGGGAGAACAGCGAGGAAAGUGAGAGCAGCUCUUCUAUUUGUACUGUCAACAGCAGCCAGGAUCAGCCCUGUUUAGAUGAUCCUUUGCCUGCUCAUCAGCGAUCCACCAGCCCUCUCAGGUGCCACAACUCAACAGGAGACCUGAAGCACAUUGACACUUCUCUUCCGCUGUCACACUCUUCCUCCUCUUUAUCCGCCGAUGCUCAGCCACAGGGCUUCCGCCGCCGGGCCAGCACUUUCAGCCACCCUACCACCCCCUCCUCAGCCGAAUACUCACCGGAGCACAUACUAAUUCACCCACCACAGGACCACUCUGCAGCUAGCAAGCACAAGCUUGUGCGACACUACUCCGUCAGCACGGACACUCCCCACCAGAGCAAACACGUCCCAUGCAACUCUGCUCUUCCUCCUGCCCUUCCUUGUCCUUCGUCCCACUCUUCUCUCCUCCUUCAUCCUCCUUCCUCACCUUCUUCUGGAGCCCGGCUCAGUAAAAGAAGUCCUCUGGGUGGUCUCCGUGCUCGUCUCCACUCCUCCUCAUCUGUCCCUAAUUUUCUGAAAUUUCCAUUUCUGGCCACUGUCCGAGAGAAUGAUUGUCCUGACCCAAAGAACAGUGAUGUAGUGGCGCUUUCCACACCAAGUGCAGCUGGCGGGGUCGGGGAAAGCCCUCAGCGCAGCCACCGCCACUCGUGGAGGCAGCAGAUCUUCUUGCGGGUCGCUACACCUCAGAAAGGCACAGACUCCAUCGAUGGGUCUGAUGCCUGUCAGGUUGUGGGCCAGAUCGUGGGUGGAGGAUCUGGGGACACGGCAAUGAGACCGGUGCCUGAGGAGAAGACGAAGAGAACCAAAGAGGAGCUGAGGGAUCUCUGGAAGAAGGCCAUCCUGCAGCAGAUUCUCCUGCAGAGGAUGGAGAGAGAAAACCAGAAGCUACAAGCAUCAGAGAACGAUCUGCAGAACAAGCGCCUGAAGUUGGACUAUGAAGAAAUCACUCCGUGUCUGAAGGAGGUCACGCUGGUGUGGGAGAAAAUGCUAGGAACUCCUGGGAGGGCAAAGGUCAAAUUUGACGCUGAGACCAUACAUACUGCAGUUGCACAAGGUGUCCCAAGGCAGCACAGAGGAGAGAUCUGGAAGUUUCUCGCCGAACAGUACCGGCUCAGACAGACAGUCCCUUCCCGGCCCCCUUCUAAUCACACUCCAUACAAAGAGCUGCUGAAACAACUCACCUCACAGCAACAUGCCAUCCUCAUCGACCUAGGUCGUACUUUUCCUACACAUCCAUAUUUCCAAGCCCAGCUGGGGGCAGGACAGCUGUCUCUCUAUAAUAUCCUGAAAGCCUACUCACUGCUUGACCCUGAGGUGGGAUACUGCCAGGGCCUGUCCUUCAUCGCUGGAGUGCUGCUUUUACACAUGGGGGAAGAAGACGCCUUCAACAUGCUCAAAUUUCUAAUGUACGAUGCUGGGCUCCGCAAACAGUACAGGCCUGACAUGAUUAUCCUGCAGAUCCAGAUGUACCAGCUGUCGCGGCUGCUUCAUGACUAUCACAGGGAUCUUUACAGCCACCUGGAGCAGCAGGAGAUCGGGCCCAGCUUAUACGCCACCCCCUGGUUCCUCACGGUCUUCGCCUCACACUUUCCCCUCGGGUUUGUGGCCAGAGUUUUUGAUAUGUUGUUCCUGCAGGGGUCAGAGGUCAUCUUCAAGGUGGCCUUAAGCCUGCUGGGGAGCCACAAGCCUCUGAUCCUGCAGCAUGACAGCUUGGAGUCUAUCGUGGAUUUCAUCAAGACCAUGCUACCCAACCUGGGCCUCGUACAGAUGGAGAAAACCAUCAACCAGGUUUGUGAGAUGGAUGUGUCCAAGCAGCUCCAAGCCUAUGAGGUGGAGUACCACGUGUUGCAGGAUGAGCUGCUGGACACGCCCCCGACCCUCAACCAGCAGCAGCGAGCCGCGCAGCUGGAGAGGACCAAUCAGAGCCUCCGACAGCAGAACCUCGACCUGCUUGAGGAGCUGCAGGUGUCCCACGCUCGAGUGUGCAACCUGGAGAGUCGAGUGGAGGCUUUGGCCCAGGUAGAGGGGCAGCUGAAGGAGCAGGUUUCUGCACUGGAGGAGGAGAAGAAGCAGCUGCUGAACACCAUCACACACCUCCAGGGCCUCCUCACCAGCCUCGGGAUAAACGCCAACUCCGACGGACAGGCGCUGCCUUCACUGUCCGUCUGACAGACAGUCACAGCAGCAUCAAAGCUGGAGGGCAGAGAGCAGCACGAUAGCAGGACUGUGGACUCGCUGCUUCACCUGCUGGCGAGGGUCGAUUAAUGAGUCUCUGCCUCGAUCCUGCCGCCUCUGGAAUGUUUUAAUAAUAAUAAUGAUGAUGAUGAUGAUGAUGAUAAAAGGACAGACGUUAAAAUGGAAGCAGGAGUGGAAAUAGUGGCAGAAAUGGGAUUGAGGUUGAAGGAUAGUACUCUCUUCCUGUGCUCUAAUAAAUAAACAUAAAUAAUCCCCAAAGAUGGCGCUGACUGUCCCGCCGGGCCUCGGCUGUUAAACAAAAUACUUUUGCACCUGUGUGUGUGUGUGUGUGUGUGUGUGUAUGUGUGUGUGUGAUAAAUGGUGUUUGUUUGUGUUUUUGGAUGCAGCAAAAAGUGUACAGCAAGCUUGUAGAACAAAGACUCCACUCUGCAGUAUUCAGAGCACUGUUACAAAUAUCACAAUAAUUAAGAAACACAAGUUCCUCCCAAAGAAAAUGAGAUUAUAAGAAGCAGGUGAGAUGAAGGGAUGGGUGAAGAAAUAAACAGCAGCAAAAUGUUUUGGGGGUUUUUGUAAUGCAAAGGUUAAAUAUAACAUCGGCUAAAUGAUGUUAGGUUUGAUGAUGGUGCUCAUAUUCUGAGAUCAGGGGUGAACUAUUUUUGAUUCUUCCUAGGCUUUCCUGGCCCUGCGCAAUUUGAACUUCAUUGAAGUUACAGCAGCUUCCAGGAAAAGCAACACAAUAAAUCCAGUUCAUUUCACAUCCUGUUGUUUCACCUUUAAACACACGUCAAUUCAUCUGCAUUGAUGGGAAAAAUCUGAAAGCCUAGCCGUCCCGCUCCAGCGAGGGGAAGUCCACACAUUUACUGAGGAGCCACUCAAAAUUACGGCAAAAGACGCUAACUUUAAAGAGGAAAACUUCUGCUGUUGAGACAAUCUGUCACCUGUAAAUCAUUUACUGUAUGCAACAUACUGAAUUCUUCAGCCCGAGCUGCAGCUUGGUGUGCCUGUACGUGAGUGUUUGAAUGUUACUGCGUGUCAAUGUUCUCACUGAUUGCAACAAACCUGUCGGUUUACACUGUAAAGAUAUUUUUCUUUUACCCCUGACUCUCUUUGCACAUGUUCUGUUUUACUAUGAUUAUUGCUAUUCUGUACUUUAAAAUACAUUUCAUAUUCUUCCAGCA